AUGUCAUCUCAGGGAGUACCGUACUUCCUCUACACUGUCACCUCUGGCUUCCUCAUUAAGGAUUUGAAUAUAAACCAGCAUACAGAUUCCUACCUCACUCGGGACCAUUUAUCAGAGAAAAGAAACGUCAAAUACAGGCAUUUCUAUGAGGCCUCAGGAACAGCCAGGCAUCUGUCUGCUGUCCGAGAAGCUCUUAUCCUUCGAGUGAAGAGAUCAGCACUAUCCAGUACAGGGGGCAAAGCAUGUCCUCAGGAGAACAUGAACAUGGCAGAGGUCAUCGCCGACCACAAAUCAUACUACAAACUGAGAGUCUGCCAGGAAGCUAUAUGGGAAGCCUUCCAAAUUUUCCUGGACAGAGUACCUGACACUACAGAGUUCCAGCAGUGGGUACAUGCUUGUCAAACAGACUCACUGUGUGUGAAGGACUUGGCCCAUAAUUUCAGCAACAGCCAGGAACACCUUGACACAGUGGCCAGGCGACUAAGCACUCAAGAUAACCAAGAGCCCACAUCUGCAGCAGGCAAGAAAUGUUCAAAAACUCCUGAACAGAAAUUUGCCAUGGAUUCACAAAAGACUGAGGUCUCAGCUGUGCAGCAUAUAAUAGAAUUCAGUGUGACCGUAAAGAAUCCGGAUUACAGUCAGCUGCAGAGAGACCCUGACAACUUGCGAUAUCAGGAUGCCGCUCACAGUCUUCAUGAGCAGAUGCUCAAAAUUUUCAACAAACUUUCUGGUUUCAAAGAGAUUCAACUGCUGGGAAUUCAUCCUGGAAGUGAUGCAGUGCGCUAUGCCGUGGUGUUUGAGACAGAAGCAGACUCUACAGAAAUAAUUCCCUCAGGGACAGAUGGAGAAUCUGGCAUAGAAACAGCCCUGAAGGACAUGGUAUUAAAGGCCCUGAGAGAGGCUGCAUCACUGCAUUUGGAUAUUCAUUCUCUCAGCUUUGAACCGACUAGACAAAAUCAUUUAAAAGACCUGCCAACAGAUAAACCAACACAUCUACCUGGGGUUAUUAGUAAGCAAGCAAUAGUGUCCAUCUAUGAGGAAACUACUGAGUCAACUAACAUAUCAGAGGAAAAAGCAUCUCCAAAUGGAACUCAAGGGAGGGAUAAGGAGGCAACAGGGAGCACAUUUCCUCCUUUUCCUACUGUAACUACACUGAUGACCAUUACAGAGCCAUCUCCACCUGAACCAAGUGGUGGCCCAAAGCUAAAGGAAGCUGAGGAACGAAAUAUAAUCAUUAAGGUUGAAGGACAUAAGAGGAACACUACUUUGGAUUCCCUAUCAAAGGUGCCUGAAGUGGAACAGUCUCUUAGAAGUGAAAUUCUUGCCAUGCCCACCUCACUGAACUUGAAUUCCAUUAAAGCUGUAAGAGCAUCUACUUCAAAUCAAUAUUCAGAGAGUUUAGUUGAUGUAUCAGAAGCUUCAUUUAAAGUCAAAAUAUCAGUUAUGCCAUACUUUACCCGAACUGAGUUGCCUAAAACAGAGCACACAACAGGCGAUACCUUUGGGGCCAUGGAUGUCAUUUCCGAAACUCCUGAACCCAACAGUUUUACAGGGAGUCCUGAGGUACUUGGCACAAAUGAGCCCACAGAGUUAAUAAGGUUCUCUUUAGUACCCAGGACUGAAGGUACCAUCCAGCAUAUGCAGUCUGCCUCAGUCCCUCAAACUGUAUCUUCUGUAGAUUUACCCUAUUUGCCCUCAGCCCUACCUGGAAAUUUCCUUGAUAAGGAAGGACAGUUUGUCCAAACCCAUUCCUCUCAUCAGACUGAAGCAUGUGACAAUCAGGACUUUAAUAAAGGCUUGCCAUCUGAGACAGACAACCCACAAUCCUCAGUCCACUCUCUAGACAAAGACGUUGGGGUGUUCUUUAGUUUACAGUUAACCAACAUGAUCUUUUCAGAGGAUCUCUUUAAUAGGGGCUCACCUGGAUACAAGUCUCUGGAGAACACAUUCCUUGAAAUAAGACAAACUUCUGAAUCCAGUAAUGUGCCAAACCCAGAGCCUUCCAGUAAACAAACUAAGAAGGAACAGCAGACAUUAGCCUCAAUACCGUUGCUCCAGUUUCUACAGUCCAAUCUGACUGGCUUUACAGAGCUGCACAUCCUCAACUUCAGAAAUGGCAGUGUGGUAGUAAAAAACAGGAUGAAGUUAGCCAAACCAGUGGUGGAUAAUAUCACCAAGUUUGUGCCCUGCACUCUUGAUUUGAGAAAUGCUGCCUCAAAGAGAACGGAUAAUGAAAUUGACACUCAGUCAGCUGAUCAUGGUGAUCCAUGCAAGUACAUGGAUUGUAAUGAGUUUUCUCACUGUGUUUUGAACACACUGACUACUGAGCCCGAGUGUCUGUGUGAUCCUGGCUACAGCACAGUGGAUGGUCUGCCCUGUCAGAGCAUCUGCAACCUUCAACCCAACUAUUGUUUCAAUGGGGGACUAUGUGAGAACAUACCAGGAUAUGGACUCAGCUGCAGAUGUCCUGCAGGUAAAUAUUGGUACUAUGAUGGAGAUCGCUGCAGUGAGCUGGUGUCUGUGCCAGUCGACCAGUUCAUAUUUGUACUUUGUCUGAUGGGAAGUCUCACAGUGGUGUGUGCUGUGAUUAGCCUGUUAGUGUUCAUUAACAGGAAAUGUAUAUGGACCAGAAAGACUGCGACACUAGCGCAUUCACACUGUCCCCUCUCUAUGGAGGGAAUUACGAGAGUGAAUCCAGUCUUUGAGAAUGAUGAUGGUAUCUUGACUCAUGUGUCGAGCAUCAGCUGUCCCACAAUCACUGACUCUGGCUCAUCCCAAUUCUCUGACCAGGGCUCAUUUCACUCACUGGAAAACAUGCACCUUAGCAUUGAGAUUCCCAGGCAACUCUACACAACAAGGUCAGAAAAGUUAGUAUCAGAAAUAGUUGGUUUCCAUCACUGCAUACCACAUAUUGAGACAUGGAGGCUGUCGAAUGAACACAGGACAUUAUGUUCUUUUCUGAGAGGAUCUGACAGUGAUGGAUUUGAAGUGACUUUGUUAUGA